AUGGCUAAAGGUUCCUCCUUUCACCCUGCCUUAGCCGUUUCCAACAUCAAGAAUAACGUCCCCAUCACCCUUGAUCUGGAACGUGUACAAUAUGGGACGUGGGCCGAACUCUUCAAGGUUCACGCACGAUCUCAUCGUGUUUUACCUCACAUUAUCAUGCCGGCCGAAUUUACUCCACCAUCCACUGCCGAGGAAAAGGAGUUAUGGGCCACGCUUGAUGCAACCGUGCUACAGUGGAUCUACUCCACGAUUUCCACUGACCUUCUUCACACAAUUACUGAACCGGACCUCACUGCCAUGGCCGCCUGGAAUCGCCUACGGGAUAUCUUUCAAGAUAAUAAAAAUUCCCGCGCCGUGGCUCUCGAACAGGAGUUUUCUCAUCUCUCCAUGGCCGAUUUUCCUAAUGCAUCAUCUUAUUGUCAACGUUUGAAGGAAUUAUCAGACCAACUUAAACAAGUCGGCACCACCGUGUCAAACGACCGCCUUGUUCUUCAGUUGGUCUCAGGUUUGACUCCCGCAUAUAAUACAGUGGGUACUUUCAUUCGGCAGACGAGCCCUCUUCCUCCUUUUUAUCAGGCUCGGUCGAUGCUUACGUUGGAAGAAUCCGGCCUCGCCAAACAAGCCGCCAGCACUGCCUCCUCCUUGGUGGCUGCGUCUCCCUUGGACGUAAAUGAUCCUCCUCAUGAUUCGGCCUCCUCUCCUCUCUAUAAUGGAGGAAAAAAAUCUCACAAUCGUCCCUCCGGCAAGAAAAACGGUGGCCGGAAUGGUGGUCGGGGCCGCGGCGGCGGCGGCGGCGGUGGCCGUCGCGGUGGUGGGUCGCAUCACCCAGCCGGGUCGUCCGCGUGGGGCCAGCAGUGGCCGAAUGGUACUCCAGGGGGUCCUUGGCAGUGGGCGUGGCCUUGGACUAUAAGUGACUUAUUUAAUAUACAACUUAAGAAGUGA